AUGCUCAAGCAAUUCUAUAGACUGGGUGCCACCUGCAUUACAAGAACUACGCGAAGAUAUCUUGCUUCAAACUACGACAGCAAUUUUAAACCAAAGUCUGACCCACAACCAAAAGAAUCUUCCACCAAAGUGCCGCCACACAAAGAUGGUUUAUACUUUGGAAAAUUCACAGAGGAGGAGUAUAAAGAAGCUGCAAGAGUGAUUAAAGAGCAGAUUGCCAAAUUGGAAGGAGAAAUUAAAGGAGACCACAAUGUGAGGGAGAAUAUUGGCAAGCUUCCUCAAUUCCCUGAGCAAGGUCCAGCUGCAUCCAAAGAUUCAAUCAAGAGCUUGACCGAUUUUUUCAAACAAGCAAUUAAAUUGACUGGGCCAAUAACGCUAAGCUCGUAUAUGAGGCAAUGCUUAACUCAUCCUGAUUUUGGCUACUAUACCACGCGAGAUCCAUUAAACUUGAAAACGGGAGAUUUCAUAACCAGUCCGGAAAUCUCUUCUGUGUUUGGUGAAAUGAUUGGAAUCUGGUACUUUACAAUAUGGCAAUCUCAGAACAAGCCAACACACAUAAGAUUCAUUGAGUUGGGUCCAGGUAAGGGUACUCUAAUAAAUGAUGUGAUAAAGACCUUCAAUAGAUUUGUUGAAAAAGUGAGCGAAAUCAAGCCCAAUGUCGAGAUUGUGUUGAUUGAGGCCUCUAAAGUGUUGAGACUUGAGCAAUAUAAACUUUUAUGCAACCACAAACAAGAUUCAUUCGAGACAACCGAAGAAGGAUUUAAUCGAUCUACUACAAAAUGGGGCAACGCCAUUAUCUGGGUUGACACUGAAAAAGAUAUCAAGCAACAAGAGGCACAAAAAUCAGCCAACUAUAUCAUUGCCCAUGAGUUUUUCGAUGCAUUGCCAAUAAAGUCAUUUAUAAAGAAAGAAGAAGGUUGGCGUGAAUUGGUGGUUGAAGACAGUCCGACUGUUUUGAAUACACAGUUAAAAUUGGAAGGCAGUAGAGAGGACUCGCCUGGGGCUGCAAAGGACCCCACUUUAGAUACUGAAUUCCACUUGACUAUAUCUCCAAAAGAAACACCUGCAUCAAUGAUUCCAAAAUUAAGCAAGAGGUACAAAGAUUUGCCAGUUGAGUCUCGGAUUGAAAUAUGCCCCGACGCAGAACUCUAUACAUUGAAAAUAGCUCAGUUGAUAGACAAUGUUAACUCAUUAGGUGCUGCUUUGGUCGUUGAUUAUGGAGUGGUGAACCAAAUUCCUGAGAAUUCACUACGUGGUAUUUACAAGCACAAGUUUGUCUCUCCUUUUUACAAGCCAGGAGAAGUCGAUCUAUCCAUUGACGUUGAUUUCACUAAUUUAAAGAGUCUUUCCGAGAAUAUAGUUGAUGUUGAAGGCCCGAUCAACCAGGGUGAUUGGCUCCAUAAUAUUGGAGUAGGGUACCGCAUUGAUCAACUUUUGAAACAAAAUAGCAACAAUGAAGAAAUGCAAGAUAAAAUAUAUGGAGCCUACAGGAGACUAACUGAUGACGAUAAAAUGGGCAAAAUCUACAAGUUUAUGGCACUUUUGCCAAAGAACUCCGAGAAGCCUAUUGGUUUUUAA